CCUAGCAAACGCGAAGAAGCAAUGUCUAGCAAUCAAGAGCAGCAUCGAGCUCGCGACAUUCUUGUGAGGUAUUGCAAGAGGCUGCCCAAGAUUGAGCUCCACGCGCAUCCCAAUGGCAGCAUCAGGGAUUCCACACUACUGGAGCUGGCUCAAGAGCAUGACCAGCGUGGAACCAUCUCUUCUUAUCCAAAUGUCCGGGAAAUCAUACUCAAAGAAGACCGAUCACUACAAGAAUGCUUCAAGCUUUUCGACGUUAUUCACGUUCUUACCACGGACCAUUCAUUUAUCACGCGAAUCACGAAAGAGGUGAUAGAGGAUUUUGCUGCCGAGAACGUUGUUUACCUGGAGCUGCGUACGACACCAAAGAGCAACGUGUUGACAGGGAUGACAAAACGCUCCUACGUCGAAGCCGUUCUUGCGGGAAUCACCAAAGCCAAUCUGGUUCUUUGUGAAAACCAUCAACUUCAUGCUCAUGGAAUUCAAGUACGGCUUCUAUUAAGCAUCGAUCGUCGAGAGACCACGGACCAGGCCAUUGAAACUGUGAAGCUUGCGCUGGAAAUGAAAAGCCACGGGGUUGUCGGCAUAGAUCUUUCUGGGAAUCCUGUCACUGGAAACUGGAAGACGUUCUUGCCUGCAUUGACAUAUGCUAGGCAGUGCGGCCUCCCAGUUACGUUGCAUUGCGGAGAGGUGCACAAUCCAGAUGAGGUAGAAGAAAUGCUGGCCUUUCAUCCUGACAGACUAGGACAUGCAUGUGUCCUUCAAGAAUCUCAAUGGGAACGGCUGCACAAUCUGCGAAUUCCGGUAGAAGUCUGUUUCACUUCAAACCUUCGUACCGGGUGCGUGAAAUCCAUCUGUGACCACCAUUUCGCAUGGCUUUACAAAACUCACUACCCUUUGGUCAUCUGCACUGACGAUCGAGGGGUAUUUUCCACCAACCUCUCCUCUGAGUACGCCAUUGCAGCAACCAGCUUCGAUCUAUCGGAACACGAUUUAUUCGAGCUGGCAAAGAAUGCCACGAGAUUUAUCUUUGCUGAGGAGCCUCUAAAGCGGCACUUGGAUCGGAUUUUUGCCGGUGUGGAGCCGAACUAUCGUUAGAAACACCCAAUUUCUGUGAGCGACAAACUCUUUGGUGUCCAAAUGCUAGAUUGUGCAUGCAUGCACGGAGAGGAUUAUAUAUCAACCAGGGAUUGUCAGAUCACGCGGGAGGGUGUCGAAGCUAUCGAUCUUUUUUGUAGUUUCAUCCGUAGGUAGGGAUGGA